AUGUUACACCCAAAACAGGUUGUAGAUCGUGUGAAAAGAUAUACUAACGAUUUCGAAGACUACUCUGAUAAUGGACAAGGACAAAGACAAGAUGAACCUUAUGAAGUCGUUGAAAUAGGAGUACCCGGUCCUCCUGGAAAACAGGGUGCUGAAGGAAUGAGAGGAUACCCUGGUCGAGCUGGAGACCAAGGAAAAACAGGACGUGCUGGACCUCGAGGGUUGAACGGGUCUCCAGGAACAAAAGGUGACAUGGGAGAUUCUGGGAAAACUGGUAAAAUUGGUAAAGGAGGACCUGCUGGACAAACUGGAGAAAAUGGAUUUGAUGGGUUACCUGGCUUGAACGGACAGAUAGGAGAACAGGGAUCACCAGGUGAUAAUGGUAUCCAAGGCGAACAAGGAGAAAGAGGACCUGCUGGAGAAACUGGAACCGCUGGAGAAACCGGGCAAUUUGGACCAUCUGGUCCGACUGGACCUCCUGGACCAAAAGGAGAUAUGGGAUUUACAGGACAACGGGGAACACAAGGAGAUGCUGGUCGCACAGGGGGUCGAGGAAACAGUGGAAGUCGUGGAGAAUCUGGACAAACAGGCCCACCUGGACCCACUGGUCCAAAAGGAGAUUCUGGUUCUUCAGGAUGUAAUGGUGAGGAAGAAUGUGAAAACUCAGAAGGAUCGAACGGAUCGGAAGAAUCAGACGAAUCGGACGAUUCGGAUGACUCGGAUGGAUCAGACGAAUCAGACGGAUCAGAAGAAUCAGACGAAUCGGACGAUUCGGAUGAAUCAGAUGGAUCAGACGAAUCAGACGGAUCAGAAGGUUCAGACGGAUCAGACGAAUCAGACGAAUCAGAAGAAUCAGACGGAUCAGACGAAUCGGACGAAUCAGCAGAAACGAAUGGAUCAGAAGAAUCGGACGGAGCAGAAGAAUCGAAUGGAUCAGAAGAAUCGAACGGAUCAGAGGAAACGGACGGAUCAGAAGGUUCGGACGGAUCAGAAGGUUCGGACGGAUCAGACGGAUCGGACGGAUCAGAAUAG